AUGAAGCCGCAAUCAUUCAUUUUCUUUGCACUUGCCACUGGGGUUCUGGCCCAAACGUCACCGGAAAACGAUUACAAGCGUAUUUGCUUUGCCCUAGAUGGCCAAGAGGAAGACAUCCUUCCCGGAUACAGAGUCAAAUAUACAUGUGACUUCUACGGACAGCACAAUGGCAGCCCUGUCGAAGGUGUGGAAAGUGCCAAGGAUUGUGCACAACUGUGCCAGACAGCUGGCUCCAGCUGUGCGGGAAGUUCAUGGUUCAUGAAAGGACGCAAGUGUCUCCUCAGCGGUAGCAAUAGUGAGGCAAAGCGCGAGUUCACGGUUUACAUGGAGAAGGUUGGGGAGGCCAGUGACCCUUUCGGUGAAGACGAGGAUGAUCCGUUUGGCGGUGAUGAACCAGAAGAAGAUGAUCCGUUUGGCGGUGAUGAACCAGAAGAAGAUGAUCCAUUUGGCGCCGAUGAGCCAGAGGAAGAUGACCCAUUUGGUGCCGACGAGCCAGAGGUAGAUGACCCAUUUGGUGCCGAUGAACCGGAAGAGGAUGAUCCAUUUGGUGCCGAUGAGCCAGAGGAAGAUGACCCAUUUGGUGCCGACGAGCCGGAGGAUAACGAUACAGCCUGUGGAUGCGAUAAUUGCGAAGUAGAUGUGGCAUGCGGAUACCCUGACGAAGCUUCACCCGCUCUGAAGGGUAAAGCAUACAAGGUCUUCUGUCAGAAAUUGGAUGAUGUCGGAGGAAAGAAUAUCAGACCGCCGUUCAAGGUUAACUCCGUCAAAGAGUGUAUCGAAGCAUGUUCUGAUGUGCCCAACUCCCAAUGCAAGAGGGCUAUCUGGACUAAUUCCCGAGAUGCCAACGGUCAGAGGUCCUGUUGGCUGCGGGAAUGGAACGGAGUCAAGAAGGUUCCUACUAAGGUGGGCUCAUGGAGCAGUGCCCAUGUGCAAGAGUAA